GGCAGCCCAGCCAUGCAGGUAGGCAGGUCACCUGGCCAGGCCAGGUCUCAUCGAUUGGUCUGCUUUGGCUUGAAGACCACCGGCUGCGGUGGCUUGACACCGACACUGACAAACAGAUGGAUGGAUGGAUGGAUGGAUCCACACACCAACAACACACAGAGCAAACAAUGAGCACAGCUAGCGAGGUUCUAGGGGCGCGCAUCCCUCACCGUCCAUUGAUGGUCUCUCGCUCGUCUCCACCUGCCGCCUGCCGGUCGUCACCAGCCUCUCCCCGCCGCCUCGCCGCCCGUGCUGCCCUCUCGCUGGUUCCACCCCCUCCCCCUCCCCCAUCCCCCGCCCCGCCCACUCCAUCCGGCUGCUGUUGUUGCUGCGGCCCGCAGCCGUCCGUGUGCGAUGGGUCAUUGUUGUCAUUGGUGGUCUGGUCCACCUCCUCCACCUCCAUGCGAUCGUCGUGGUCGGCAGCGGCUGCCGAGGCCGCGGUGGGGGCACCUGACGGCUCGACGUGACCGUCGGCAGCGUCAGACCUGACACACAGACAUGGAUGUCCUUGUGGGGGGAGGUAUGUGUGUAUGUGUGUGUGUGUUGACUGGCUGACCUGUGUCUGGUUGUGGCGAGGUUAGGCGUUUCGUCGUCGCUUGCUGCUGAGGGUAUGAGGAUCUCCUUGAGGGCCUGCCAGUGGUACUUGCGGGCGAACUCCUCCUCGGAACACUCCGGAGGCGUCAACUGCAACAAUUGCAGCAACAGACAUAGUCCCUCGCGCCGCGUCGUGUCGGCGGCUUGCUUACGUCCUUUUCCCACUCUCCCUCCUCCUCAUAGAUGUUGAGAUCCUUCCGCACCAACACGGGACCGCCCCCUGACACACGACACACCACACACCACACACGCACAACAGAGAAAGCACCACAUAUGUGUGUGGGAGGAAGCGCAAAAGAGUGCACUGGUGGGAUGUCUGGCUGUGUGUGUGUGUGCAGCGCCCCACCGUGGAAGAAGGUGAAGAGCCCCCAGACGGCGGCGUUGACGCCGAUGUAGUGGAUGCGCACCUUCAGGUUCUUCUUGGGCUGCCAUACGCCAUCCUCUGAUCCAUGACACACACCCACACACCCACACACGCACACAGAAACCUCAUCAUCCAUUGAUUUGUGUCUGUCUGUCUGUCGCCUCUCUGUGCUGUGCGUGACGUGACUGUACUUACUGCAUUCGAGCAGAUCGGUGUUGUCGACGGCUCCCGGCAGCGUGUUGAGGGCCUGGACGACCGAGUCGAAGCCGCGGGUGCGCUGCUGCUCGCCCCUGAUGUAGGCCUUCCAACGGUCCACCCACUUGUUCUCAACCAAAUACCUAGGCGGUGGGGGGAGACAGACCCAUCGAUGCAUCCGUCCGUCAUACACGCACGACACGAUGCCUGCCUGCCUGCCCUUCAUUGAACCGACCAGUAGUUGCCCUGUCCAGUGUCCCUGGAGUCAUGCUCGCAGAUGAGCUGAUACUCCUGCUGACGGCGAUCCAGCAACAGGUCCUGUCAGACAGACAGACAGACAGGGAGGAGGGAGCGAGGGAGCAUCCACACGCGCACGGCGGCUGUGGUGUGGUUUGGUGUGGUGUGGUGUGGUGUGCUGACCACAAAUUGGAUGCACGUGUCGCAUGGCGAGAGGUCGUUGAUCUCAGUGGCCGGCCCGCCGUACAUGGUGACCAGCCGGUGGUACAGCUGGUGACCCAUCGGCCGCCACAUCAUCUACACACACACACACACCACCCAACACGGACACACAUGAAUGAAUGACAAAAGAUGUCCACACGUCGCCCUCCCCGGCUGUCUUCUGUCAGUGCCACUCGCCUCUGACCUGUGCGUGUGCCGGUCUGACAGUGGCGACCCGGCCGUGUGGGCAGAGGAGGCCGUUCAUCUCGAUCGGCCCUGGGUUGCUCAUCGUCAUCAGCCGCUGAUACCUAAACCCACACACAAUGCAUUCAAUGCAUCCAUUUCAUCUCCCAGUUUCCAAAGAAGCGCGUGUGUCCGACAGAUAGACAGACAGACAGACAGGCUGACAGGCUGGGUGACUUACCAUCUCUGGGGAACGUAUACGAUGCUGCCGACGGCGCUGUCUGACAGUUCGUCCUGCUUCUUCUUCCGUGCGCGCGUCAUGGGUGCCUCGGCGCGUGGCUGUGGGAGGGCGCGCUGCCUCAGGUGCUCCAGCACACUCUUGCAGUGCUCCUUGACCGUACGACGAUCCUUGACGCGCUGAACCGAACCAAUGAGCGAUCCAUGUGCGGUGUUUUCUCUCUCUCUCUCCCUGUGUGUAUGUGUGUGUGUGUGGUUGUGGUUGUGUGUUGACUGCCCUGCGUACCGACUGUGGUGUGACCUUCUCGUAGAAGAGGUAGUAGGGCUCUGACCUGGCGACCUGCGUCGAGUCGGAUCUGGACACGAGGCCGUCGUCGAAGUGCACCCACUGGUCGCGCUUCUUGUGGUAGACGUAGGCCGUGUAGUGCCCGCCGCCAUACGAACCGAUAUGCUCGAUGAUACCUGUCAACCUGAUGGAUGGACGGAUGGAUGGAUGGAUGAGCCGAUGAACGAUACACCACACACUGGGUGUGAAAGACAGACCUACCUACCUGUACUUGUAUGGCUUGGGGUUGGGGGGGUGCUUCUGUCGGUUCCGUGCGAUGGCCUCCUCGUCGACAAAGGGCUCCACAUCCAACUCCUCAUCCACGGGGAACUGCACCGAACGACUGCACACACACACACACACGUGUGUGUGUCUCAAUUCAUUGGAAUGCAUCCACCCGUUCUGUUCCCUUCCCGCACCGCAGCCACGGACCUGUUCUUGCUGGCGAGCCAUCCUGCCUCGUACUUGAACCUCUUGAGGUGUAGGCAGAGCACCUCGGGCAGGUCGUACAGCUGCAGACGCUUCUCGCCGUCCUGCUUGCUCUGACCGACCAAGGUUGGAGGAACAACGGAAAUACGUGUGCGUGGAGUGUAGUAUAGUGUAAUGGAGUGUGUGGGUCAGUCAGGUCAGCCAGCCAGCUGACCGCACCUUGCACUUGUCGCACUCGUACUGCUCCGACCCCCUCAUGUACUCGGCUGUGCAGAACUUGCGCAGACAAUCGGUCAGCAUGAUGGGCGGCGUGAAGAUCAGCCUGAUGGAUGGAAUCAACACACACACACACAAAUGGACAAUGGCUGUGCCGUCUGUCCCUGCUGUCUCGCUUCAGGUAGAUCGCUCGCUCCCUGACCCCUUGACGCUGCUGGCCAUGAGCUUGAGAGGGGAUGUGAGUGCGCCGAUCAUCGUGGACGGCUGGGCGUCGGGGGAAUCGUCAGCACGGGGCACUCUGCUUGAUGGGCAGGAAACAAAGAAAGGCAUGACACGAGCUGGGCUGGUCUGUGGGCCUGCCCCUUUGUUGGUUGAUGGCUCUACGAACCUGCAGAGUGCGCCAGCGACGGCCCCUCCGCCCUCGUCGCGUUUGUUGGGGAUGGGCAGGUUGAUCUCAUACACCACGUCAUAAGUACGCGACACCUGCAUGGCAGUGCAUGGCAUGUACGCCACAGCAGACAGACAGACAGACAGACACCUCAAUGUGUCAGUCGCCUCAAUGUGUCAGUCGGUCAGUGGCAUGCAUGUGAUGUGUACGGCUACCGUUUGGCAUUUGCAGCACUGGAUGCUGCUCGACACGCGACCCGCGAACACCGCGGCAACGAUAGAUGUCGGCCGGAACUCCUGCAACAAGCCACGCACGCCACACUAUGCACCCACCCACGAUUCCCUCCCUGCCUCUCCUCCCUCCCUGUGUUGGGAGGGAUCCACUCACCUGUGGCUGUUUGUUGUCAGGCUCCUUCCUCUUCUCCUCCUCACAGUCAUAAAACUGCGCCGACUGACCACCGGGCGACUCGUCGCCCCCGGCCCCGCCAUCGCCAUCGCCGUCGCCGUCACCAUCGGCCCUCCCCUCCCCCUCCUCGCUGGUGUAGUGCGACCGGGCCGUGGUCAUCUCGCCACCGCCAUCCUGCUGCUCCCUCUCCCUGCGGUUGGCCGGGCGGGGUACCGCUCGCGCGUCGGAUGGCAGGACGCCGUUGUGUGGCGGGCCGCCGUCGAGAGUCAUCGGCCUGGGGCCGUUCAUCUCCACUGCAGACGAGGAGCUGAUGACAGAAAUGGGAGAACCAACGCCACGCGUGAAGUGUCGGCUGUCUGUGUGUCGGACUGACUGGCUGACCUCUUCUUCUUUCGUUCUGCCGGGUCGGUCUCGGUCGGACCGUUGGGCUGUGGUGGGGGGGGCGGGGCGGGGGCGGGGGCGGGGGCGGGGGCGGGGUGCUCAUUGAGACCAUCGCUGGCCACAAGAGCCCUCGACGAAGUGGACGCAGUGGAUGGGGCGGCCUCGAUGGGUCGUGGGAAGAGCACGGAGGGGUCGGUCUCACGCACAUUUGGAUGCUGAGCGAGAAACGAGAAAGUCACACAUAUAUGGGUCACUCACGUCACUCAGCAGCCAUCCAUCCAUCGGCAGUCUGCCUGUCUGUCUGUCUGUCUGUGUCAGUGGCAAGCGUAGGGUGGUACCUGGCCGUGCAGCUCUUCGUGCAUGAUGUCGAGGACGAAGUUGAGGAACUCCUGAGUGUCGUGCUGCGCGUACCCCUGGAACAUCGGAUUCAAAGUCGACGCAACCUUCAGAAUGUCCUGCAGUGGGUGCACCACACACAAGACAGACACCAACACAGCACACAACACAACCAACAAAACCAUUGGGUACUGUGUGGUCGAUUGUGUUGUGUUGUGUACCCCCGGUGCCUCGACGGAGACGUUGGUCUCCCACGCGUGCUGAAACAGCCGGAUCAGCUCGCGAACCAGACUGCAGUCAACGUAACGUCACACCCAGCAGCCAGCCGGUCUGUCUGUCUGUUUGUCUGUGUGGCGUCACGUGAAGUGACGUGCUUGGUGUUUGUUCAAGGCGUACAGCUGUGAGGGCUUGUCGCUUUCGCCUCUGGGGUAGAGCUCGGCGGGGCACGACUUGCGCAGCGCCUUCUGGAGAGGCCGCGUGUGGAUCUGUGAGGACACAACACAAAACAACACAACACAACACAAAACACAAUCACAGAGAUACCCAAUGAAUGAGUGUUGGUGUCUGUCUGUCAGCAUUUUAUUCACUCUCUGACUGAGUCACUCACUCACCAGGCACUGGAGCGCGGCGUUCAUGUAGCACGUGUUGCCGAGAUUCGACAAACCCAACAGACCAACUGGGGGCAACCACACACGUACAGGACAGAUAGAUAGAUAGAUAGAUGUACUCAUUGGGUUUCCACCAGUGCUGUCCGUGUGGUCCACUUGCUACUUACCGCGGUCUCUCCUCCGCUGUAUCAUCUGACCCGUCGGCCGCCCAUACACACCAGGCUGACACGACACACACCGCACACGACACACCAGCCAUCCCAUCCCGUUGGUUGUCUGUCCCUGCACCGCACCCUCCCUCCCCCCACCCAUUAGUGCACCUGUAUGCCCUGGUUGUAGAGCCGUGCCUGCCUGCCGCUCCUCUGCCGCUCCACGCCCUCUUGCCGCCCCACGGCAUCGUCGCCAUGGCCGUACGGCACCUCGUUGUGAGAAGAGGGGGGUCGGUGGCGAUUGGCGACGGGCGGCGAAGACGGCUCGCCACUCGGGUCGCUGAAGUGCAUCAUGUCGGGACUGCUGUAGUCGUGACUGUUAUGCUCCAUCGCUUGGGCACAGGGGACGGGAUCACUCGCUUAAAACACUGGGGAGAGCCCGCAACCAACCUGAUUCGACAGCACACACACGCACAUAGGCCAACCAACACAUGGCCAUCCAUAAGUGAGAGGCCGGCAGGUGAGGGCAAGGUAAGGUGCCUGCCGUGAGUGAUGUGUGACUGCAUCGCAUAUAUCUAUCAAAUCGAUCACGGCUUCUCUCUUAAGCUGGCCUGGCCACGCUCGGCUCCUACCAUACACCUUUCGCUCAGCUGACUGACUGCGCAUAUCGUUGAUUGGCGUGGCCUGAUCUUUGUCAGCCGUCUCGCUUCUUCAGAGCCUCUCUGUCUGGCCUGCCUAUCCUGCAGCCCUGCCCUCCUCUCACCAGGCUCACAGAUGAGCAGACGGCCAGCAACUCAAUCACAGCUCCAAUUUCUUCAGAUGCGGCGACAGAUGAAGGCAGCCAUUGCCGGCGGCACUCUCAGCAGCCGCACACCACACCAAAACCGG